UUGGUUUGAAGCUCUGAAAGGGGCGUGUGCGCUCGCCGUGACUGUAGGGUUCUGUCAUGACGCAUACACCAAAAUUAUGCUUUUUAACUUACUGUUUGGUCACUAGUAACUCAUGAAAAGCUUCGUACAUUAACCAACAUGUCGGACGAAGAGCUACCGUCUACUUCUCGGGAGGCGCACGCGGAGAAGGAAGAGGAAGACGCACCAUUUCUCCUGGACCCUCCUCCUAAAGCAGCUGUGAAGGAGAGCUUGGCUGACCCUGAGUAUGAGGAAAAAAGAAAAACAGACCGUGCCAACAGGUUUGAGUUCCUGCUGAAGCAGACAGAGCUGUUCGCUCAUUUCAUUCAGCCUGCCAGUCAGAAAUCCCCCACCUCACCUCUGAAGGUCAAGGUGGGGAGACCCCGAAUCAAACAGGAUGAGAAACAGAACCUGCUGUCUGUCGGAGAUAACCGUCAUCGUCGAACAGAGCAGGAGGAGGAUGAGGAACUCUUAUCUGAGAGCAGGAAGGCAGCUAAUGUUCUUGUUCGCUUUGAGGAGUCACCAUCAUAUGUAAAGAAUGGAGCUUUGAGAGAUUAUCAAAUCCGAGGCCUGAACUGGAUGAUUUCUCUGUAUGAAAACGGCAUCAAUGGCAUCCUGGCUGAUGAGAUGGGUCUGGGUAAGACCCUGCAGACAAUCGCGUUGCUAGGCUACUUGAAGCACUACAGGAACAUUCCCGGCCCCCACAUGGUCCUAGUGCCCAAAUCUACCCUCCAUAACUGGAUGAAUGAAUUCAAGUGCUGGGUGCCCACCCUGAAGGCCGUCUGUCUCAUUGGGGAUAAAGAUGAAAGAGCAGCGUUCAUACGUGACGUGAUGAUGCCCGGUGAAUGGGACGUGUGCGUGACAUCGUACGAGAUGGUGAUUCGGGAGAAAUCUGUCUUUAAGAAGUUUAACUGGCGCUAUCUGGUUAUCGAUGAGGCCCAUCGUAUCAAAAACGAGAAAUCAAAGUUGUCAGAGAUUGUGCGUGAGUUUAAGACGACCAAUCGUCUGUUGUUGACUGGAACCCCACUGCAGAAUAAUCUACAUGAGCUCUGGUCGCUUUUGAACUUUCUGCUGCCUGAUGUGUUCAACUCUGCCAGUGAUUUUGAUUCCUGGUUUGACACAAAUAACUGUCUUGGUGACCAGAAGCUGGUUGAAAGACUUCAUGCAGUUCUGCGUCCAUUCCUGCUGCGUCGUAUAAAAGCUGAGGUGGAGAAGAGUCUUCCUCCUAAGAAAGAGGUGAAGAUUUACCUGGGGCUUACUAAAAUGCAGAGAGAGUGGUACACACGUAUCCUAAUGAAGGAUAUUGACAUCCUGAACUCUGCCGGUAAGAUGGAUAAGAUGCGACUUUUGAAUAUUUUGAUGCAGCUGCGGAAAUGCUGCAACCAUCCGUACCUGUUUGACGGGGCGGAACCUGGUCCCCCAUACACCACGGACACACACUUAGCCACCAACAGCGGCAAGAUGGUUGUGCUGGAUAAGCUUCUUCCUAAGGUGCAAGAGCAAGGAUCCAGAGUGUUAAUAUUCAGCCAGAUGACACGGAUGUUGGAUAUUCUGGAAGAUUAUUGCAUGUGGAGAGGGUUCGAGUACUGUAGAUUGGAUGGCAAUACACCUCACGAGGCCAGAGAGCAAGCCAUAGAUGCUUUUAAUGCCCCGAACAGCAGUAAAUUUAUCUUCAUGCUGAGCACACGGGCAGGUGGGCUGGGAAUAAAUUUGGCUACGGCUGAUGUAGUGAUUCUCUACGACUCAGACUGGAACCCACAGGUGGACCUGCAGGCCAUGGACCGUGCUCAUCGUAUCGGACAGAGGAAACCAGUAAAAGUGUUCAGGUUGAUCACAGACAACACAGUGGAGGAGAGGAUUGUGGAGAGAGCGGAGAUGAAGCUACGGCUGGACUCUAUAGUGAUUCAGCAGGGACGACUGAUUGAUCAGCAGAAUAAACUGGGGAAGGAUGAUAUGCUACAAAUGAUUCGCCAUGGAGCAACACACGUGUUUGCCUCUAAAGACAGUGAACUAACAGAUGAAGACAUCGACACCAUUCUGGAAAGAGGUGCCAAGAAGACGGCAGAGAUGAACGAACGCUUGAAGAAACUCGGCGAGAGCUCACUGAGGAACUUCUCCAUGGACACGGGCGGCACCGAGACCAGCCUUUACAAAUUUGAGGGAGAGGAUUACAGAGAGAAACAAAAACUAAGUUUGAUCGAAUGGAUCGAGCCUCCUAAGAGAGAAAGGAAGGCCAAUUAUGCUGUAGAUGCUUACUUCAGAGAAGCACUGCGAGUCAGCGAACCAAGAGCCCCGAAGGCUCCUCGGCCUCCAAAGCAGCCCAACAUCCAGGACUUUCAGUUCUUUCCACCACAUCUCUUUGAGCUGCUGGAGAUGGAGAUUCUUUACUACAGGAAAACCAUCGGAUACAAGGUUCCACGUAAUCCAGAUAUCUCGAAUUCAGCACAGGUCCAAAAAGAGGAACAAGCAAAGAUAGACGAGGCCGAACCGCUCACACCUGAAGAGACAGAGGAAAAAGAGAAACUACUCACACAAGGUUUCACAAACUGGAACAAGCGGGAUUUCAAUCAGUUUAUUAAAGCAAAUGAGAAGUAUGGUCGUGAUGACAUUGACAACAUUGCCAGAGAGGUGGAGGGAAAGACACCUGAGGAAGUCAUGGAAUACUCCGCGGUGUUUUGGGAACGCUGUAAUGAGCUGCAGGAUAUUGAGAAGAUCAUGGCUCAGAUAGAGCGAGGAGAAGCUCGCAUCCAGAGACGCAUCAGCAUCAAAAAAGCCUUGGAUGCCAAGAUAGCGCGGUACAAGGCUCCGUUCCACCAGCUCCGCAUACAAUAUGGCACGAACAAAGGAAAGAACUACACCGAGGAGGAAGACAGGUUUCUGAUUUGCAUGUUGCAUAAGAUGGGCUUCGAUAAAGAAUAUGUCUAUGAAGAACUUCGACAGUGUGUACGGAACGCUCCACAAUUCAGAUUUGACUGGUUCAUCAAAUCCAGGACUGCUAUGGAGCUGCAGCGCCGCUGUAACACGCUCAUUUCUCUCAUUGAGAAAGAGAACAUGGAGAUAGAGGAGAAAGAGCGCGCCGAGAAGAAGAGAAGAACACCCAAAGGACAAUCAGCUCAAAAGCGUAAAGCCGAAGUGUCGUGUGACAGGAAAGAGAAGAAGUCUCGUACCUGACUCCUGUGGCCGCAGCUCUUUGCUCCCCUCUCUUCGUCACGAAGCACUACAAUAAUCAGACGCCUCUCUUCAGCAUUUUGACGUUCUGUUUUUAUCUGUUAUAUCUGUGACUCAACACCAGUUUCUUAAAAUAAACGUACAUUUAUAGCAAAACAAAAGCUUUUUCGGGACAUACAAAAUACUUCCAUAUCCUGUUGAAUUUUGUCCCACGGGCUGCAUAAAUGUUGGCAGCUACACAACAUUUUGCUAAAGCUUGUUUUUAUUAAGAAAUUUUUCAAAAUGUUCUGUUUAUAUCGUUUAUUUAGCAUGCUAAAUGGGGGCUCUAAAGCCUGUUCUGAUCUUGUUUGUGUGUUAUAAAUGAAAAUCUUUUUGCCUGAGACUCUGUUGUUGUGUGUUUAGGGUCUCUGUGAUCUGCACCUUAAUACAUGUGAUCAGUAGCUUUGUACAUCCAGUCUUCUUAAGCUCUUUUAUACAUUCAUGUGCUAUUUUAAUGUUGCACUUAAGCUAUUUUACACAUUCUUGUCUGCACUCGUUUGAACCUUUCCCGAUCUUUAUAUGUACAAGUCCAGUAUUAUUAAAAAACUGAAUCUG